ACCAUAAUGGAGCACGAUUUGGGCUUCGACUUGGUGGAGGCACUGGAGCGGGAAGGUCUGUCCCGGGAGGAUUUGAAAGCGUUGCGCCAUCCACCGGUCGAAGGUGUACCAGCAACGAUCACUGACAAACAGUUGGCCUGCUUCUUGGAUGCGUGCGAUAAGAAUAUCGAUGAAACGCGAAAAGUGUUAAAAAUUUACUACGAAGCACGAAAGAACGGGCCGGAGCUGUUUAACAAUCGAGAUCCACAGAGUGCGGCUAUUCAGCAAUGUCUACAAAAUCAAGAUUAUUUUCCGCUUCCAACGACGCCCAGCGGAUAUUCGGUGGUGUUUCAUCGUUUGAAAAAUUCACGUUCCUCCAACUAUCACUUUGACGAAGCGAUCAAGACGUACUUCAUGACCAUCGACUCCUGUCUCUACAAUCAGGGACCACGGCCGGGAAUCAUUUUCCUGUUUGACAUGAAAAACGUUGGCUUGAUGCAUCUUACCCGCAUCAACAUCAGCUCGGUGCGAAAGUUCUUCAACUACCUUCAGGAUGGUUUACCGGCCAAAUUGAAAGCGAUACACGUGAUGAAUGUGGUUUCCUUCUUUGACAAAAUUCUCUACAUCAUCAAACCGUUUAUUCAUGCGGAAAUCUUAAACAUGCUCUAUCUGCACACAUCGAACGAAAACAUGCAACCGUUCUACGAAGAAUGGAUACCGAAAAGUGGAUUACCGUCCGAUCUGGGCGGCGAUUUGAAGUCAAUCGAUGAACUACAUCAGGACCAUUUGAAGGAGUUCGAAAAGCAGAGACCCUACUUCCUCGCCGAAGAACGUCAACGUAAUCCGGAUGCAGCCAUCAUUGAGGAAUCGACCGAUCGCAUGAUGAAAUCCCUGUCGAUAGACUAA